AAUGAAUGAAUAUCCUCAAAACUAGUUUUAAUAUAUCAAAACCUACUUUCUGAAGAAUAGUAUUGCAAAAUAAAUAAUACCAGAUAAUUUAGAUGAUAUUUAACCAGAGUAAUCAUUGAAUUUAUAUUUAGAACAUUAGAUGAAUACUCUACCAACCAUUAAUCCCAUAGAAGAGUUAAAUCUGAUAUAGUGUAAAAAAAAGAAACAUAAAAGCUUAAGUUCGUUUAAUAGUUUUCAUAACAAACCGAUACAUCGACAUAAAAUCAAAGCUUCAAAUCAUAAGGUAUUUUGAAAAAAUCGCAAAGAAGCACAACUAACCAGAGUGAUAAAACUAGGUCCCAUAAAAAAAAAGUACAUUUUCUAUGAG